UCCUGCACAAUGCUUGCGGUCAGUGAUCCAGAUGCCUUGCUGUGCCUUCUCCUGCUCCUGGCCCCCCAUGGUGCAGAGCAGGGGCAUCAUCCUCGGCGCAGGUUUGAGUAUAAGCUCAGCUUCAAAGGCCCAAGGCUGGCAUUGCCUGGGGCUGGAAUACCCUUCUGGAGCCAUCAUGGAGAUACUAUCCUGGGCCUGGAAGAAGUGCGGCUGGCACCGUCCCUGAGGAACCGCAGUGGUGCCGUGUGGAGCCGGGCCUCCGUGCCCUUCUCUGCCUGGGAGGUAGAGAUGCAGAUGAGGGUGACUGGGCCAGGGCGCCGGGGAGCCCAGGGCAUGGCCGUGUGGUACACCCGGGACAGGGGCCACGUAGGCUCUCUCCUGGGGGACUUGGCCUCAUGGGACGGCAUCGGGAUCUUCUUCAACUCCUCUGCCGAGGAUAUCCAGGUGAGUAGCAGUCUCCUGCCCACUUGCCCACCCAUGCCUUCCCCUUCCUCCUGCACCCACCCACAGCUCAGUCUGAUUACCCUCCAUCCCAUGCAGAACAGCCCUGCCAUCCGUGUGCUGGCCAGUGAUGGGCACAGCUCCUAUGAGCAGCUUGGUGCCCACAGGGAUGGAGCCAACUGGGUGCUGGGCUCCUGUCAUCAGGACUUCCGGAACCGGCCGCACCCCUUCCGAGUAAGGAUCACCUACUGGCAGCAGAGACUGCGCGUGUCCAACAGCGGCCUUACUCCCGGUGAUCCCGAUGAGGUCUGUGUGGAUGUGGGGCCCCUGCUUUUGGUCUCUGGAGGUUUCUUUGGUGUCUUGGCAGCCACUAGCACCCUGGCAGAAGGAUCCCACUGGGCAGAUGACCACGAUGUCCUAUCCUUCCUGACCUUCAGUCUGAGUGAGCCGAGCCCAGAGCCUUCCCCCCUACCCUUUCUGGAGAUGGAGCAGCUCCGCCUGGAGAGGCAGUUAGAAGGGCUGCGGGCAAGGCUGGCUGUGGGCACCAGGGAGGACAUAACUCCAAAGCCAACCUCUGAAGCUCUAGGAGAUGAGGAAAGGCUCUUUGACCUGAAGGAGACACUGGACAGACACAGCCGGAUCCUCCAGGCUCUCCAGGGUCUCUCCAAGCAGUUGGCCCAGGCUGACAGGCAAUGGAAGCAGCAGAUGGGAGCCCCAGGCCAGGCCAGGCCUGAGGGAGGCUGGGACUCUGUCAAAGUCAGUACCCUGCUCCGUGGACAGCAGACUCUGCUCCAAACCCUGCAAGCGAUGCGGGAUGCAGCUGCCCGCAUGGCCUCGGGAGCCCAGAUCUACCUGCCUGUGGGCACCGAGCAUCAUUUCUCAGAGCUGGACCAGAUCCUGAGCCUUCUGCACAAGAACCUUCGGAGCCCAGGGAAAACAGGCAAGGCUCCUGGUGCACCUGGCUGUCCUCCAGGGACUUUCUUCUCAUGCCUGCGGCCAGGCAUCUUCCUGUUCUUCCUCCUCAUGCAGACUGCAGGCUUCUUCUGCUAUGUGCACUUCAGCAGACAGGAGCUGGACAAGAGCCUUCAGGAGUGUUUGUCCACAAGCAGCCUUCCCCUGAGCUCGGCAGCACACAUCCCUCCAUUGCUGCGGGCUCUGAGGAGGCAGCCCCUACCUCCUGGCAUGCAUGCCUGAGCCCCUGGAAGCAGGAAGUUGUUUGGGGAAUGGAAGAGGGCCUGGCCAGUAUCCUCUGUCUCUGGGGCUCAGCUCCUCCCCACACCUUAGGUUUUGGUGAGCUCCCACCAGAUUAAAGGUGAUUUCCCUUUGCCUGUGCUUUAAUAUGCUCAUUUACCUUCCAGCUUCACCUUAAUCUCUUGUGAAGCCUUCCACCUCCUCUGGGUGGGAAGCUGGGAGUGGACUCUGCUUAGUCAAGGAGACGAAAAGGCUUUGAGCCCUGGACCUCAAAGGGAGAGGAAAUCAUAACUCUAAUUUCGUCCCCAAAUUCACCCAGAACAAGGAGCAGUGUCUCCCAGUGUCCCUCAUGCCCGGGCCCUGCCAGCAUCACUGAACAACUCCCCUACCCCCACCCUCUGCUGCUCCAGGGGCAGCAGGGCAGGCGCGUGACCGAGGAACUCUGAAAGGCCAACUCACGGAACCAUAACUGGGAUUCCCGCUCUCGCUCUCGCUCUCGCCCUCGCCCUGGGUCUCCCUCCCUUUCCCAGCGUCAAGCUCUUUGGGCAGCUGCUGCGUUCAGCGCGUUGGGGGUGGGGGGAGCUGGGAGAGAAUGGGAAGGGGCCCAGGGCUGGAUUUUUACCCCUAGCUGUUGCCCGGA